CCUUUUAUUUUUUGUCAGGAUUGACCAUCAUUACCAAACAUUUCACAACAUUUUCUAAAUUAGUUAUUUUCAAAUAAAUAUACUAUUUUACUUUUGUUAUAAGUAUUAGUUAAUAUAUCAAACAUUAGACAACAUGUCGUGUCCUUGGGCAAAAAUAGACAAGCCGCAACCUGUCGAUUUUGCUGAAAUAAUGUCUGAAGAGGUGGCGAAGGACCUUCAGGAAAAAGAGAACAAAAAAGUCCAGGGAACUUUAAAUUCAGUUUUACAAGAAGCUGCAUGCUCUCCCAUUGUGCAUGAUAUUCAAGUAAUAGACGAUAUUCCAGAAGAUGUGUUAAAAGCUAUAUCAAAUGAUUCCUUGGAAAGCGAUGCCCUUAUUGCUCAAAUGUUACAAAUGCAGUUUGACAAAGAAUAUGAUAAUAUGUUGACGAAAACUGAGCAAAAAUAUAAUGGGUCAUCUAAAGUUUCUGUAUCAUUUGAAAAUUAUCGACGGGCACCACAAAAUUUUGAUUUUGAAAGUGAUCUGGAAGAAGACGAAAUUGAGGAUAUCCUUGACCGAAAAGAUUGGGAUCGGUUUGAUGCUUUAAUGAGGGAUAUAGGCUCAAUGCCAAUGUGCGGAUACAAGGUAAAGCAAAAUGGUGAAAUGGUUACCAAGCAUGAUUUAGAUAAUAGUGGUAGGAAGAAUGCCUGUAAGCUGUUGUCAUUUCCACCAGAGUUUCAAACAGGCGAUGGUGAAAAUUUUGAUUUAAAACUUUCCAACAAAGUUUUUAAUAGCUUAAAAAGGCACUCGAAUAAGGAACAAAUAAGAAGACAUAAAGUACAAGAUAAAAAAGAAGAUCAGGCAACGGCAGAGUUUGGCAUGGAUGCAGCAACUCGACUUUAUAUUUAUAAGAUGAUUAAUGCUCAACUUUUAAAACAGGUUAAUGGUGUGAUCAGUAUAGGAAAAGAAGCAGUCAUUUUGCACGCAGACACAGAUGAAGAUUUCCCAGAUGCUAAAAUCUCACUGCCAAAGGAAUGUGCAAUUAAAGUAUUUAAAACCACCUUAUCUGAAUACAAGCAGCGGGAUAAAUAUAUCAAAGAUGAUCAUAGAUUUAAAGAUAGAGUUGGUAAGCAAACAUCGAAAAAGACCAUUCACUUAUGGGCGGAAAAGGAAAUGGCAAAUCUAAUGAGGCUGAAACGGGCUGGCUUAAACUGUCCUGAAGUUAUUAAUUUAAAAAAGCACGUCUUAGUGAUGUCAUUUAUUGGUCAGAAUCAUGUUCCAGCCCCCAAAUUGAAAGAUGCCUUUAUGAGUGAUGCCGAUUAUAUUGAUGCUUAUGAACAAGUGAUAGGCUCAAUGAAGACCUUAUAUCUUGAAGCUAACCUUAUCCACGCCGAUCUGUCAGAGUACAAUAUUUUAUGGCAUAACGAUAUGUGUUACUUCAUAGACGUCAGCCAGUCUGUGGAACCGAGCCAUGAAAAUGCCUUUCACUUUUUAUACAGGGAUUGCUGCAACGUCAUCAAUUUCUUCACAAAAAAAAAUGUGUCAAAGAUUCUUACGCCAGAAGAACUGUUUGAACAAAUCGUCGGUCAUCCGUUUGCAGACAAAAUAGCCCUAAUGGCCCUCCAAGAAUCCUUCAAAAUGAAGCCUCAUUUAAUUGACAAACCCGGUAUUGAGUCUUCCUUUGAAUUCGAGACUGCGUGGGAGAAAGCGCAAUCAGGGGAACUGCCUCUUAUGACUGGGUCCUCAAGUAAUAAGGAGAAAGUGGUCGAAAGGGUUAUUUCAAGUACGGAGGAACUAACCUUAACUCCCCAAGCUUAAGACAAUAAUGAAAAGUUUAGUUUUUUUUUCUAAAACCUUUAUAGAAAUAUAUUGCUUUCAAUAUA